AUGUGUUUCGUUAGAUUCGAAGACUUCUACGGCGUGUGGUCAAGAACCGUAACCGAAAUCUGCCUCCCUCGCCUCUCCUCCGCCGUUCCCGCCGACGAACUCUCCGGCAACAUAGAAAUCGUCCUCGCCUGCUUAGAAUGGUACUACAAAUCCCUGAAUCACUACGCCAACAACGACUCCAAAACCAUCCUUUACUUCCUCUUCCCUCCACAUCGCAACACGCUCGAGAUGCCGCUUCUCUUCCUCGGCGACAUCCAUCCUUACCUCCUCACCAGACUCCUUAAAUCACUCAUCACCCGAGCGAAUCAAGAUUCCGGUGGAGUCGACACGUCUGUGUCGCAAGAUCCACACGCCCAGCUGCUAAAGAGAAUCGUAGAUAUCGAGGGAGAUAUCUUGCAUACGUUCUCUGAUCUACAGGAACGGAUGGGUAAAGAACAGAUCAGCUUCUCAAGUCGGUUCUUGGACAAAUGGGUCAACAAUUCUCAGGAAGAGACGCAGAGGAAAACGGUUGUAAACACGGCAGCUUCAGUGGCCAAGGAAGAGAUGUGCGACCUUGUGAAAAUCCUCGUAGAUGCGAAUCAUUUAAGAGAGCAAGUGAUCACUGACAUUGUUAAAGCUACUAUGAUCGAUCAUCAGAAUCUAACGGCUCAGUUUCUUGACGGUGUUUGCAGAAUCUUUGCUGCGUUUAAAGAUCAGGGUCGAGAAUUUCGUAACUCUCUAUCUGCUUCUCCACUCAUGGACCAUCGCCGUGCAUUUCAACCGGCUCAACAACCGUACCAAGCUUUUCCGGUCAUGAACCAGCUGCCUACACGUGGAGUAUACAACAGAGUCCCAAACGCGGAAUACGUUAUCUACGUUGGGAAUUUGGGAACCGAAGUUACACCACAAGUGCUGGGAGAGACGUUCAGAGAGCGUUAUGGAUCGGUUAAGGUUGCAGAGGUUGCGUUUUCCCGCGACACAGGACUUAGCAAUGGAUAUGGUUUUGUUAGCUUCUCAGAUGAAAUUGAGCAAAUUCGUGCAUUGACGGAGAUGGAUGGUCAACUUUGUUCCAACGCGCCUAUGAGAGUCCGUCGUGCUCAUGCAAAUAGAAUGCCAGGCAGUAUCGAAAGGUUUAAUACUUUCAAGUGA